AUGUCGAGUGGCUAUGAGGACGAGGCGACGAUCGAUGAUAGCGAGAAGGUGCAGAUUGUUUCCAAUUUCAUCCUGCACACGCCGCCCGGUGAGCUGGACGACGUACUCAGUGACAUCCAGGUACUGGUCAACGAUGCUCAAGUGUUCAAGACGGCCGUCAUGAGAGCGGUGGCCACAUACAACAAGGAUCAGUUCAUUCCCGCCCACGUUCCCGACGCCGACCAAGCAGUUCUGGUGACUGAGUUCAACGACCUCGGCAGCCACCGAUUCUUCGACCCGCGUUCAAAGCAGUCUUUCCGCUUCGACCAUAUCAAGAAAGUGGCCAGUGAAUGCAAACCGUGGAAACCCGACGAUCUGCUCGAGUCUUGGAGGAGUUGCUUUGAAGAGGAAGUCGAUCUGUACACAUCGAAGCACUACAAGAACGGAGUGGCCUGUGUGUUUCCCAUGAAGGAAGACUCGAAAAACAAGACGUUCAUCCUGAACAUCUGCAUCGAAGACCACCAGUUUCAACCAGUCAACUACUGGAAUGGGCGCUGGAGAUCGUAUUGGACGGUCCGUAUCCAACCAGGUGCAAACAUUCAGAUAUCAGGCGUUCUCAAGGUACAAGUGCACUACUAUGAAGAUGGCAAUGUGCAGUUGGUGACCUCCAAAGAUUACCAGGUCAACUUCGACGUCGAAUCAAAGCUGGAUGCUUCAAAGCGUUUCAUCGAGUUCGUGGAAGAGUGCGAAAAUAGCUAUCAACUGGCGUUGGCUGAGAACUACAAGACAAUGUCUGACACUACUUUCAAAGCUCUCCGGAGACAGCUGCCUGUCACCAGGUCGCUCAUCGAUUGGAGCAAGAUUGUUCUGUACAGUGUCGGAAAAGAGUUGAAGGAAUAA